UUGAUUUCGUUUUCUCAGCAAAGGUGUCCGAGGCGUUCGUUCGGUUAGGAUUUUUGUUUUUCCCUGCCCGUAAAACAAGAUUCUUUCUUCCGGAUCGUUUUCGAUCAGGAUUAGGAUUAGGAUUCCGUACUGGUCUAAGCUAGCAUCCGAUGAUCCCCUAGCCUGCAUGCGCAUAUAUAUACAUAUUGAUACGAUCGAUUAGCCCAUACAUACACGAUCAACCAUGGGAUCCGUACUUACACGAUUGCUCGAUCAACCAUGGGGUCCUUACUCCUCUCUUCCCAUUGAUGAUGAUGAUAUAUGUAUCAGAGGCCCGCUCACAAAAAAACAGCAGGACGCCGAGUACGCCUUGUUCCACGCCUGGACCGCCCUCAAAAAAUACAACUCCAACCAUCCGGGGCCUGAUUUCUGUCCCGUAGAAGCCAAGGCGGCUUGCGUCGGCUUCAGACAGGAUUUCUGGUACCACGUCGGCUUCUCGGCUCGUACUAUCCGGAGAGACGACGAGCAGCAGCAGCAGCAGCAGCAGCAGGAGCGCUACUACUUCUUCGCCGAGCUGCGCUUCGAUCGGCGCUCCAGAGGUCAUCUACACGUCGAAUCAUGCAUCAUGCUGGAAAAGCCGCCGGGCAGUUACAGGAGCAGGUGUGCGUUUUGCCCGGACAGAUUCAAGAUCCUGCACCCGAGCGACGCGGAGUUUGUGUGUGGGAAGAAGGGGCACAGGAAGAAAUUCUUCCGGGAGAGGAAUAUGCUUGGCAGGCCAUUGUGCAUCAGAGGCUUCAGCCAAAAACAUUGCUUUGCCGACGUAUCAGUGUAACUCUUUGUUACAUGUGUAUAUUGGCAAGUUAGAGAAUAUACUACAUGAAUUUUAAAAAUAAGCUCAAAGCGUGCGAACCGAACCAUUCAACCAUACCUUGGGAAUAAAAUCUUCUGUAACAUAAACUGAAUUGGAGUUCAGCUCUUUUUUCUGGAGUUGUAGUAUUUUUAACAAUCAAUAUAUUCUGUAGUACAUACAGUGAUCCUAUGCAGCGUCGACAUCUGCUCAGUCUCAGCGCAGGAAGAAAUUCUUCCGGGAGAGGGAUAUG